ACUUGUUGCUGGGAGCUUGUGUUUCAGUAACAGUGCGACCUCUACUUAUAUAAGUUUCUUAUUCCUGGUCAGAAACCAUAGAACCAUUACCGAUCCUGAAUGGAGAGCCAUGGGUCGUCUUUCUCAAGCCCCCGGACCUACCUCCGAGCUCUGUCUGAGACUCCGGCCCGUCUGGCUCGCCGUGCCGUUUCAGUCUCCACCUCCUACGAGGAAAUGAGUGCGGUCCGCGCCCGGUCCGGCUCCGACAUGGAGAAGAGCCUUGGCUGGCUCGACCUGAUCGGGUUCGGCGUAGGCGGCAUGGUCGGUGCCGGAGUGUUCGUCACCACCGGCCGUGCAAGUCGGCUGUAUGCGGGUCCAUCUGUGGUGCUAUCGUAUGCCAUUGCCGGACUCUGCGCCCUUCUCUCCGCCUUCUGCUACACUGAGUUUGCCGUCGACAUGCCCGUCGCAGGCGGUGCCUUUAGCUAUCUCCGGGUCACAUUUGGUGAAUUUGCGGCGUUUUUGACUGGAGCCAACUUGGUGAUGGACUAUGUGAUGUCUAACGCCGCCGUUGCAAGGGGUUUCACGGCUUACUUGGGCACCGCAAUUGGGGUCCCCGCUGCAAAAUGGAGGUUCACAGUGGCCGGACUCCCCGAUGGUUUCAAUGAAAUCGACGUCGUUGCUGUUGUGGUGGUUUUAGCAGUUACGCUCAUUAUCUGCUACAGUACAAGGGAGAGCUCGGUGGUCAAUAUGGUGUUGACGGCGCUGCAUAUAAUGUUCAUAUUAUUCGUCAUAGUAGUUGGGUUGUGCAAAGGCGACUGGAACAACUUCACUGAACCGGGCGACCCGACGCAUCCAUCCGGGUUUUUUCCGUACGGCGUUUCUGGCGUCUUUAAUGGGGCGAGCAUGGUUUAUCUCAGCUAUAUCGGAUACGACGCCGUUUCGACCAUGGCGGAAGAGGUCCGCAACCCCGUCAAGGACAUUCCCAUCGGAGUCUCCGGGUCCGUCCUCAUCGUCACUGUUCUUUACUGUUUGAUGGCCGCGUCCAUGUCCAAACUGCUUCCAUACGAUAUGAUCGAUCCGGAGGCACCGUUCUCGGCGGCGUUCGGAGGGAAAUGGGAGUCGAGAGUGAUCGGAGUGGGUGCCGCGCUUGGAAUUCUGACGUCACUAUUGGUGGCGAUGUUGGGGCAGGCGAGGUACAUGUGUGUCAUCGGACGAUCCAGUGUGGUCCCCGCAUGGUUCGCGAGGGUCCACCCCAAGACAUCCACGCCUGUUAACUCCUCCGCUUUUCUCGGUAUCUUGACUGCAGCAAUUUCUCUUUUCACUGAUCUGAAUGUCCUUCUCAAUCUUGUAUCCAUUGGCACACUCUUUGUCUUUUACAUGGUCGCCAAUGCUGUGAUUUUUAGGCGCUACGUUGUGGUGGGGAGAACAAAACCAUGGCCUACAAUAUCAUUCCUGUGCUCAUUUUCUCUCACAGCUAUCAUGUUCUCGGUCAUUUGGCAAAUUUCCCCACAGGGAAGAGCCAAAGCCUUGAUGCUUUGUGUUACUGCAGUAAUUGCAGCUUCAAUCGUACAAACUUUCCAUUGCAUGGUUAAACAAGCACGAAAACCCGAGUUUUGGGGUGUGCCUUUGAUGCCAUGGAUGCCAUCUGUCUCCAUUUUCUUGAACAUAUUUCUGUUGGGGUCAUUGGACAGACCAUCCUAUGUGAGAUUUGGAUUCUUUUCAGGUUUUGCGGUGCUUGUAUAUGUUUUCUACAGUGUUCAUGCUAGCUUUGAUGCGCAAGGAAAUGGGUCUUUCACUCAGAAGAAUGGUGAAAUUCACAUAGAGUCUGCAGAGGAAAGUAAUGAUCCAGGUCUUAAAGUGUAGAAAUUUGUAAUUGCUUUUUCAUAAGCUUUGGUUGAUGGAUGAAUCACAAAGUGGAAUUGGAAAAGGAAGAGAGAAUAGAUUAGAAUGAACUGCAUUGUAUAGGUGGUUGGGACCUGACAAGUUGACCUAGCUAGUUGUAUAUCUGGGUGUUGCCGUCAACUUUAUCAGUUAGAUGUUGACGUCAGUUGUAUCUGUGACUUGUGACCUGUAACUUGCUCAGAGAGAUAGCUUCAGACACGCUUACAUUUUUGUUUUCGGGUUGGUUAUUUGGUUUUCACUCCCUGUUAUGUAUAAUCCAGAGUUCCAGACAGCGAACUCUUGUAUAUUUUUCAUCAAAGAAGUGAACUUCCCCCCUUUUUCUGUGAUCAUACGAUCAACUAAAGUGAAAAGAGUUACACUCAUAUUGAAUUCAGUUGUAGUAGACUCCAUUAGCCAUA